CCUCCCCCUCAAAAAUUAUUUAUUUAUGAAAACCCCUCUAUCACAAGCAGCUUCUUCUCUUUUCAUUCCCUGCCUUUCCGCAUUCAAAACAACUUUAAAUAGUUCAACAUUGGGGGCUUAUAUAAAUAAAUGUUUAUCUUUAAAUGGAAAUCAAUUAAAAGUUGCUGACAGACUCUAUUUAUUAAACAAAAAUGUCCAUUUGGUGGCUAUUGGAAAAGCAGCCCCUGUAAUGGUUGAAUCGACAGAGAAGAUUCUUGGUCAACACUUUGUGGAUGGAAUUGCUUCUGUUCCGACCGGAUCAAUUAUCCCAAAUAAUUUAAAAACUCAAUUCCUUUUUGGUGCUGAAAAUAAUUUGCCUGAUGAACAAGCAUCAGAAAAUACAAAAGAAAUCGAGAAUUUUGUUAAAUUUAUUGGACGACCAAAUCAAUUAAUUUUGUUUUUAAUUUCUGGGGGCGGUUCUGCUUUAUUACCAGCUCCAAUUAAUGGAAUUACUUUGGAAGAUAAAUUAGAAAUUAUUAAAUUACUUCAAAAUUAUGGGGCAGAUAUUAAACAAUUAAAUGUUGUUAGACAAGCGCUUUCGAGGCUUAAAGGUGGAGGACUUUCUCGACUUGCUAGCCCAUCUCAACAAAUUUCCUUAAUUGUUUCUGAUAUAAUUGGAGAUCCUAUAGAAUUAAUUUCUAGUGGGCCAACAGUUAUUUUAAAUAAAUCUAGUCUAGAACCAAUGGAAAUUAUAAAUAAAUUGGGUAUAAAAAGAGAACAGAUUGGACAGAAAAUUAUUAAAGUAUUUGAACAAAGGGAGGAAAAAGUAAAGGAAGAAGAAAAAGAAGUGGAUAUUCUAAAUGUAAUUGUGGCUAAUAAUUCGAUGAUUUUGAAAGAAUUGUCUGCUCAUUUAAACUCUGCUGGAUUUAUUCCAAUAAUUGUUACAAACUGUUUGGAAGGAAAUGCAACAAAACUGGGUCAAUCAAUGGCGAGAAUAUUGGUUAAAUUAGCAACUCAAGCCAAGCAUUUAGCUUUGGAUAUUUCCAACUUUUUGAAAGAAGAGUUUUCAGUAAAUGUGGAUAUUUCUAAUAUAAAUAUCUCAAAAAACGAUAAAAUUGUGUUAAUCUUUGGUGGUGAAUCGACUGUUUGUUUUGAUUCGAGUCAAGUUUUGCCCGAAGCCAAAGGUGGCAGAAAUCAAGAAAUGGUGCUUUCUGUAUUAAAUGAAUUGCUUUUAUUGGGGGAAGAGGAGAAGGAAAUUUUGAAUGGAUUGGAGUUUGUUUUUACAAGUUUGGGAACUGAUGGACAGGAUGGCCCAACAGAUGCAGCAGGGGCCUUUAUUUGUAGUGAUGAUCUACUAAACAAAUCAACAGAACAACUUUCUUCCCUUUCCACAAAAGUAAAAGCAGCAUUAAAAGGAAAAUGUUCUUAUCAAUUUUGGAGUGAAUUUAAUGAGGGAAGAAAUAUCGUUAAAAUUGGAAAGACUGGAAUGAAUGUAAUGGAUAUUCAAAUGCUUAUAUUUAAAUUUUAG